AUGGUCAGCAGCAGGAUGCUGCUUUUCGGUGCCUCCUGCUGGCUGCUCGUUGUUUUAGGGAGUUGCGAGGAGCCAAUCGAAGAGAGGUCAGCCGAAUACGACGCCAUCGAGACACAAGAAGAGAAAGAGCUGAUUGAAGCUCUGCAGGAAGUUCUGGAGAAGCUAAAGGGCAAACAGCUGCCAUCCUCAGAGAAAAAACUCGGCUGGCUUGCUGCUUGUGAUGCAGGUGAGCAGUGUGCGAUACGUAAGGCUUCGAGAAUCGGGAAGCUGUGUGGCUGUCCCGGAGGAACCGUUUGUAACUUCAGUGUCCUCAAGUGUCUGUAA